AUGUCUGGAACACUACGACGCAAAUCGCCGCAGACCCCGGUCCGGGUAAGGUCUCGGAGAAGCUCUAGAACCACAACCGACAAUUCCUCCGACGACGAUUAUGGAGGGGUUGAUCUGAUCUCGGACUCAGAAGAAGAUGAGCCAGAUGUCGAGGGGGCCGAGGAGCAAGCAAUCAUCGAAUCCGAAGAAGAACAGGAUGAAGACGACGAUGACUUGCAAACCACACCUCGGCCCGCCAUGGACGAUGAUGAAGUCAGCUGGGAAGGCUUCGAAUCCACCCCUGGAGGCAAUGACGAAACAUUCUUUGAUGAGCAUAUGGCUCGUAUGAAUGCCGCUGGCCACACCAUGGAAGCGGCUAUUGCUGAUAUGUCGUCCUCGGAGGACGAUCAUCCUGCAGAAAACCUACGUCGUGUCCGAUUCGAUGUUUCUGACAGCGACAAUUUAGACUCUGACUCUGACGACCCCCUAUUCCCUGAUAUCUUCCUCGACCAAAACAGUCUUGAUCCAAGUUUCCGCCGCAUCAUUGAAAAUGAUGACGAGCAAGACCAUCACUUGAGUGAUGAUGGGUUCUGGGAUUCUAAUGGAAGUGAUGCUGGAAAGGCCGUUACGACACCCGAUGCGAACGAUGAUAGUGAUACCGACUGCUCUGGUUCAACGGGCUCCAGUGGCUACGAAACUGAUGAGGGAGAGACAACUGAAGAAGAUCUUCCUCCUGCAGCGAGGUUUGUCCCUGCUCGAUCGGUGCUCCGUCGUAUCUCCGAUGCUUCUGAAGACGAAGAGGAGAUCACUGUGACCCGACGCGGGCCCCAUCCGCGACAUCGAGGACCGAGACUUGCUUCUUGGAUCCACGAUGCAAGCAAAUCUUUCGCUGUCUUGGACAGCCACGGCAAGAAGUUAAUUAUGUUCAAAGCAACGGUCAAGCGAAACGCUGCUUUCAACAAUGGGACCAGCCCAGCACCGACUCCUAUGCCUGGGAACGACCCCGCCGGAUCCCCGAUGGAGCAGCUUUCGCCAAUGAUCAGUAAUUCCGGCAACCUUAUGCUGAGUGCUAUGUACACCCCUCUUGACCAGUUUGUUGGCCAGGCUCUCGGUCCACCUGAAGCCUUCCUACCGUUCACUAGCAUCGCCGUCGACGGAACCGUUGUUCAGGAUAGCACUUCGUCUUUCGAUGAUGACGAUGACCUCGAUGACGAAGACCUGUGGAAUGUUGAGGAUUUCCUUAACUUUGGUGAUGUGUCGUCUGGAAGUGAAAAUGGCCUCGAAGACGACCAAGAUCCAUCACCGUCGAGUGACACAGUGGAGCCAUCCUCGACACCCGCACGGCCAAGCACUGCCGCCAGUGAAGGUCAAGUCCACCCUCUUCUAAGUCAUUUCAACAGCAGCGAUGUUGUUGGAGCUUUCCGCCGGAACCAGAAUCGCCACCAGCUCCUCACCCGCAAUGCUGUUUCUCACGAUGCCCUUGCAUUUUCAGGUCCAUUUGCACAGGGAACUUUGAGGGGUAUCAAAGGCGGCCGACUUGCAGCUGUCAAUUCUCCCAUCACCCCGAUGCGCAAGCAGAAAACUAUCCAACCUCUUGCAUCCAGCCCGGGCAGCCCAUUAGCUAAAAUGGCCUCCGUAAAUGGCAAGAGGAAGCUAGAGGGCGAGUUUAUGGGGCACAAGCACAAACGAAGUCGCAGUGAUUUCUAA